GUGAUCGAGAUUGCCCUCUCUGUGGAGUGACAAUGUAGUCCUUGUCGUGAACCGGAAAACAAGCAACAAGCAUGCGCAUGGAAAUAACUAACCAACCUUAAAAAACCUUUCCCCUCUCCAUUUUCCUUCCCUCUCAAACACACAUGCAUUCUCCUCUCUCACUCUUUCUUUUCUUUCUCUUUUAAUCCUGUCAGUCAUUCAUUCCCACCAUGAAGAAGAAGGCAGCGUUAGUCUGGAACUUUUUGUUACCAAAGGCACCAUUGCUCAUCAAAACUACGGUCAGUCAUUUUACCUUUGGACCAGCAAAGCCCUCAUGGUCUUACAAGUUUUCCAUCACUAUGGCCAUGGCAAGAGCAUUCGCCGCCCACUUGGAGGACGUGCCUUUGAAGCAGUCCCAGAUCAUGUCUCGGCUUAAUGACAAAUAUGCACCUAUUCAUGCUGGCGCCAACUCGUCAGAAUCUACUAUCCCUAACACUUACAGAGACAAGGCUGCAGUAUAUGUCAGUAAACUUUUGAGGGACCAAGACAUUGACUCUGAUAAGCUCGGCUGGGACUGGGAACAUGAUCCUAGAAUAGAAAAGCCACUUAAAGGUGAAUGGACUGAGACUAAAGUCAAGGACGAAAAGUUCGCAGAGGGGCGAACAGUUCUGUACCUGCAUGGUGGAGGAUAUUUCUUGUGCUCGAUCCGGACCCAUCGAUGGGCGACAUGGAACAUGGCAAGGCUUGGAGGAGCAAAAGUCUUUUCACUUGACUAUAGGCUGGCACCAGAUUCGCCUUUCCCUGCUGCCUUACAUGACGCAUUGGCCGCUUACUUGUACCUGCUUGAUCCACCCGCCGAUUCCAAUAUCACUCCCGUAGAUCCAAAGAAUCUUGUCAUCAUGGGUGAUAGUGCCGGAGGAGGAUUAACAUUUGCUACCAUGCUCGCAAUUCGUGAUGCGGGACUUCCUCUUCCGGCUGGUAUCAUUGGUUGGAGUCCCUGGAUCGAUUUACUUCAUUCUAUGCCAUCCCUUUUGGAGAACACAGCUUCAGACUACCUACCAGCUGAGGGCUUUAGCCAUGGAGGUCAAGCCUCUCUUAAAAAACUGGCAAAGGCUAUUGUCCAGGUCACGCCUGGUUUGGAUGAUGAUAUGAUAAUGCAAAAGCUUCCAACAGUGCAACAUUAUACCAAUAAUAGACUUUUGCGCUGUAAAUAUGUCAGUCCAGUUCUAGAAGAUGACUUAGCAGGAACAUGUCCUAUCAUGAUUAUUGCAGGGGACGGUGAGAUGCUUCGCGAUGAAUCCAUCGUAUUUGCAAAGAAGCAUGCAAAUGCCCCUACGAGUAUUCUACUCCGCGUAUACGAUGAUAUGCCGCACGUUUUUCAGAUGUUUGGGUUCCUCCCUAGCGCUAAGCAUUCACUUUAUGAAUCUGGAGACUUUAUUCGAAGCGUAACUCUUGGUGGCAAUGGACUGUCAAGCGUCAAGAACGAUGACAACAAGGAGCCGAUAAAGAGUUACGAGAGAAUCAGUAUUCAAGGCUGGAGACGGCCAUUAGAGGACGAUAUCCCUGAUUGGAAAGAGAGGAUUGGAAAGUUGGGUGGCGGACCCAAGUUUCUGGCCAAAUUGUAAUGGGGAUAGAGAUAAAAAUUUAUACAUCUAAUAAAUGUAGUUUUGAUGCUUUGCUG